AUGGGCAUCAUUGGUCAUUGGAUCACCCCCGAGUUUGAAAAGCGAGAUGAACUUCUCGAAUUCACCGAGAUUAAUGGACCGCAUUCUAGAGAGAAUCUAGCGGAGGUUGUGUUGAAGAUGCUCGCCGAACUGGACAUCGCGCUAAAGCUCCUAACCAUCACAGGGGACAAUGCGGGCAAUAACGGGACGCUCUGCGAUAGCCUAUAUGACCAGCCCCUCAAGAACACGAAAGGAGCAAUCAUAAAAGUACGACUUCUAACGCUGUGGAUCGCCCGUAGCCCACAGCGCCGCAAAGAUUGGAAAGAAGUAUCACCUAAAAAACAAGUCAGUUAUGAUGUUGACACCCGAUGGAACUCGACGUAUAUCAUGAUUCAAGAUGCGCUUCGGUUACAAACUGAGCUGGGGCAGUUUGUGCGGAUACAUCUAGAAGUUCAGGCCCUCCAGCUCACCGAUGACGAAUGGUCGAUACUUCAAAAAAUAGACGACAACCUUCUUUACUAUGUGGCUUCCGUGUUGGAUCCGCGCAUCAAAUCAUCUUUGAUUGUGUCUCAAAUGAGCGAGCAAGAUUCGGGGCUUAUCGUCUCGCAAGUGCGGGAAUUUCUAAAGAAAGAAUACCCUCUAGAGCCAUUCAUGUCGUGUGAAGUUGACCAUCCACGUCCAGCAGGGAUGUCGGAAACAAUGUGGAGAACUCUGCGCAAAGUCCAGCCAUGCAAAGAGGCCUCUUUGUCGGAUAUUGAUAAGUACUUGGAUUCCCCGCCGGUCAACUGGUCUCACCACAUGAUCGGCGAUGCGGACGCAGAAUGGGUCCUAAAGUGGUGGAAGGCUAACGCGUUUAAUUUUCCACUCAUGGCAAAAGCCGCUCGCGAUUACCUACCCAUCCCUUCGGCAGAGGUCGGGAUUGAACGCGAGUUCAGCAAUGCUCGAGAUGUCUUGGGCCUCCGAAGGCACCGUCUGAACGCGGAGACUAUGCGAUGGCUGAUGCUAUUAAGAGGAAAGUCUCAGACAUGUAUUUCCAGUGGUGCAUGCAUGUAA